AUGCUGACGAGCUAUACUUCGAUAUUGUAUGCUGGACUCUCUGCCGAGGGUUCCACGAACCCAUUAUUUGAUGAUAGCGACUUAUUAGAGGCCACCAUAUUGAGAUCCGACCGUCAGCUUCGGCGAUGCCUUCGUCAACCAAAAGACUCACAAACCUUGGAUGCUCAGACUGUCAUGUACGCUUUGGGCUUGGCUACUACUACUGGAUGGGUAAAUGGUUGUAAGAUUAUGCUUGAGGCAGAUUUGAUGGCAAACCUGAACGAAGACUACAAGCGAGCAGAGUACUACACCUUGCUCGGAAGCUCAGCUAGCACGAAUCGAUUAGAAAUGGUGCAGUUUUGGCUGUCACACCGAGCAGACUUCGAUAUACCACAGCUGGAUCUCAUCGGCUACGCGGAGGACAUGUUAGAUGGCCACGAAUGCCGUAUUCUGUCCGAGUAUAACAAGGACAUUCUUCGCGACGUGGCCUUUUAUCUGUCGAAUUUGAGACAAGAAAUCAGACUCUUCGUGGAAAAGCACGAGAUUGACUGUCUUCAUCACGAUAACGAUCCUAAAUACAACGUGCAACCACACCUUCGAUACACUCCGAAGGAAGAAAGACGCGUAAAGGAUGAGGAUGCAAAGUUGCGCGAGAUACUCGAAGACCUAGUACCUAAGUUCAUCUCACAGUUCGAUGACGUUGGGGGAAGACUUGGAGACUUUGUCCUCAACGUGAUGAUUCCGAAGAUGCGCGAAGUAGCGGGAGAACUGAAAGAGGAAGAUGAGGCACUAUAUGCAGAGGGACGAAGAAAGCUAGGUAUUGUGAUGUAUGAGGAUGAAGAUGACGGUUACAAGAACGAUAGUGGUGAGGAAGAGGAAGAACAAGAUGAGAUUACUGGGGAAGAGUCUGAUGACGAAUACUGA